AUGCUGCCCACCAUGGCUCUCCCGUCGCAAUUCCAACCGCACCAUCAUAUGGAUCGCCGUCUCGGCUACGACCUAGUUGGGCGUCCUUAUGACUUUCAUGGCCGCACGAAUGCUAAUUCCCUUCAACAUCGUCCCUUCCUACCACAAGAUUUCAGCCGAGACGCCGCCGCGUCUGUACCGAGGUCCCGAAAUCAAUAUCCCCAUCCUGUUCAGCGACCGGUUUCUCUCAAUCCAGAUACGGCUGAUACGAGCAAAGUGACAAAGGCAGGUGAACAUACGUUGAGGAGGAAGACGCCGAACGGGACUUUGGCCGCAGGCUAUGACGGCACUCCUGGCGACAGAGCAAUCCAGCCGCCGGCGGCCAAACAUAUCAUAGUUUCAUCUCUCGAUUCACGACAACACCAAUCAUCACAGCCCGCUCCCUCGGUCGACAGCUACACAUGGCAAUCUAUGCCUGUUGAACAGGUAUCUUCGCUAAACUACCAGAACUUCCCUCCCGCUUUCCAAUCGGACUUGGGCCAGAAUCACAACAACAGUAACAGCUUUUCCGUCGACCAAUAUCAAUCAGGCGCCGCCACAGGGCCGAGCUGGGUUCGGUCUCUCAACUUGCAGCCGGGUGUCGACUCUGUCCUUCAUCAGACACCACCCAUACCUCAGUCGCCAGCUUAUUACUUGCAUAAUAGCCCUUCUGUACCUACCGUCUUGCCUGCAUCUCUUCAAUCUUUUCUGGGCCCAACUGCACCCGUUGGUACUGGUCCGUAUGGCCCUUACUGGCCGGAUGGUGCCUAUAUACCAUACCGUCCUGCUGCUCAAAGAGAUUCUCGUUUCGGUGCUGGCUCGUCUUUCUCACCAGACGGGCACUCUGCCCAUCUAUUCGACCUACAGACUCCAAUACUCAAUCAAAAUUCAUACUCUGUGUCAAACUUUCCUGAUUCGGGCUUUUCGUGGAACCAAUUACCGUCCACCACCGGCAAGCAUGAGGUCCUAAUCCAGCAAAAUAAAUUUCCUCCUCGUCAUUCCCAUCAUCCUUCUUUGGGUAAUAUCAAAGACCAGCCUCGCAAUAAUCUGCCCUACCAUGUUCGCGCUGCCAGCGGGUUGAAUAAUGCACCUGUUAGGCCUCAUUCGCACACUAACUAUAGCAUUCCUCCGUCUCUCUCGGAUCCUCAAUCACGGGCACAAACCGCCGAAUUCAAGGAAAAGGUUUUGUCGUGGGCCCAUGGUGUAUAUGUUGAUCUUCUAGCAAGUCUUCACCAUGCGAGGAAAAACAGCAUUUCGAAUUCGUCUGGGGACGGAAAAUCACAACGAAACCCGAAGCCCGCCAUUUUUCCCAAGCCCCCACGGCAACCUGGAUUGGAUUUCUCUACUCAUAUCGACAUGCCACGUCAUAACAGCUACCCUUCGUCUAGAUUUGACUUGCCCCCUCAUGGCUCGAGUCAAAUAAAUAAUCGACAAUUGGACAGGCCCAUGCCUGGUCUCAUGUUCAAUCAACGCGCCCAUACGAACCAGCAGCUCAAUGAUGGCUUCCACACUAUCCGCAAAUCAUCUGGUGCUUCCCUGUCACAAUUAACGGGCUCUGUUCCGUCCGAAAGCACAACUAUGGCAAGCGCUGCGUCUGCUCUGGAAAUGCUAUCUCAUUUAUGCAAUGAGAGUAAUUGGGAAUGGGUUGAUGGUAUGCUACUUGGUGGCUGUUUGGCAUAUGGUUUGGGGGAUUAUCAAAAAGCGACACGUUGGUAUUCUAGGAUUAUUGCUCGAGAUGCCAGACAUGUCGAGGCUAUCAGUAAUCUCGCCGCAACGUUUCUUGCAUUGGAUCAAAAAGAAGAGGCACGUCAGCAUUGGCUACGUGCCGUCAAAUUACGACCUAGCUACUUCGAAGCUGUGGAACAUUUAAUCAACCUGUUAUGCACUAGUCAUCGCGGAAGAGAAGCCGUCAACAUUAUCAAAUUCGUCGAAAAUAGUCUGCGUGUGCCACGAAAUGGCGAUUACUUCCGGUCUGAUGAGCCUGCAAGCGAAACUGAAAGCGAUGCCGAAAGCGCAGGUUCAUAUGAUCGCAUGGCUUUUGAUUACGACAAUGAUUUAGAUCAUGCGCUGGCCAUGAAGAUCAACCUUAACGACUCUAUCUCCGCAGGUUUUGCCUCAAGCGGGUUUGCGAUCCCCGGGUCUGAUAACGGCAGAAUUCUUGCACUUGUCCAUGCCAAAGGUAAUAUGCUUUAUGCUCUUGGUGACAAUGCAGGUGCCGCCGCUGCUUUUGAGGAGGCUAUUUUGAUCGCUUCUGGUCGCAGGUGUCGUGGAAUCAAGGGUUUGAUUAAGCAAAUCGUGGACGCUUUCUCCCGUAACGGCUACGGUCGGAUUGGCGAAGAUGAUGCGAGCAGGAAUCCCCUUUUACUUCCUCCGGAUCGAGCAACUCAAACAGCAACUCUGGUCUUCCCGCCUUACGGAUACCCUCCGGGUCUUGAGUAUGUCGCUGAGGGUCUAGCAAGGAAAGCUGCCAUUUCGACUACUAGUAAUUCGCUGCUUUCCCUAGCCAAGAUUUAUCAAGAUGGCAUGUCGAGUAUAUCUACAAGUGGUGUUUCGAAGACAACCACACCCGGUGUUCGAGAUAUAUUGGCUUUGUACUAUCUUUCCCUGUCUCUCCAGCCUAGUCCAUCUACCGCGAACAAUGUCGGCAUUCUUCUUGCCAGUAUUCAGCACAAUGGACCAGCAAAGAUGCGACAUCGCAGCAUUUCUGGCAAGACAGCUAUGCCGGAGAUACCCGGUGUUGCUCCCGAUAGUGGUAUUGCGCUUGCUUUGUCAUAUUAUUCGUAUGGCUUGACCCUCGACCCGAAACAUGCACAUCUAUACACGAACUUAGGCAGCUUGUGGAAGGAUAUUGGCCAACUCCACGCGGCUAUUCGCAUGUACGAACUGGCCGUCCAAUACGACGGAAACUUCGACAUCGCCCUCGCCAAUCUCGCCAACGCUGUCAAAGAUGCCGGUCGCAUCAACGAUGCCAUCGUCUACUACAAAAGAGCAGUCAAAGUCAACCCGGAUUUUGCUGAAGCUGUCUGUGGUCUGGCAAAUGCGCUUAAUUCUGUCUGUAACUGGACCGGUCGCGGUGGUGUCGUCAAUGGAUUUGGCUUUAGUGACCAGGUCCAUGUUGAUGAUAAAGGACUACCUCGGGAUGUUGACAGCGUACAGGUUGGCUUUGGAUGGAUGAAGCGCGUGGUCGACAUUGUCGAUAAGCAAUUGAAGGACGGAGAGACAUGGGGUCGUGGCACGCUCACGUCCGCGGUGGUCGAACAAUUGUGUGCCCAGGUAUCAUCCAUGUCGCAGUAUAAUAGCAAUGCACGGAAAUUGAUAUCAUUGCUACAAUCGUGGGCUGGCCAGAAGUGGGAAGGUUCAAGGAUUGUCAGGCUCGUGGAGCGUAUUAUACGUUCUAUUACUUGGCAGUGGUACCAGGAUCUUCAUGUUCAUGGCAAGGAAUAUCCACCGUCUAGGUACAGGCGUCCUCAAUUACCAGCUGGUCUAUCAGCACCCAACGCUCCGACGGUGCUUCCUUUCCACACCUUCACUUGUCCUCUUUCUGCGAAGCAAAUUCGGCAUAUUUCACAGCGUAAUGGCCUACGAAUUUCUAGUGCUACACUCCGCUCAACCUGGCUCCCACAAACGGUGUACCCGCCACCAAAACCGCCACAACCCUAUUUAAAAGUUGGAUACGUCUCAUCAGACUUCAAUAACCAUCCUCUAGCGCACCUUAUGCAGUCUGUUUUUGGAUUUCAUAAUCCUAAUCGCGUCAAGGCCUACUGUUACGCAACAACCGCUAGUGACAACUCUACACAUCGCCAGCAAAUAGAACGUGAAUCGCCGCAGUUUCAUGAUGCAAGUAGCUGGCCAGUUGAUCGAUUAGUAAAGCAGAUUGUUAGCGAUGGAAUCCAUAUUUUGGUCAAUCUCAAUGGAUAUACUAGAGGUGCGCGGAACGAAGUCUUUGCUGCCCGUCCAGCUCCGAUACAAAUGUCAUUCAUGGGGUUCGCUGGUACAUUAGGAGCCGAGUGGUGCGAUUACAUUCUCGCGGAUGAACUGUCUAUUCCGCGUGACACAUUGAGCCCCGGAAGACGAGACUACCGUAUUGAAGAUCGUAUAUUUGAAGAGGAUCAUGCGGAAGAAAUGGAGAAUUGGAUGUACGGCGAAAGAAUUGUUUAUACUCGAGCGACAUUUUUCUGCUGUGAUCACCGACAAAGCGCGCCGGACAGUGACGCUCCACAUAUUAGUUGGGACAGAGAACAAGAGAGACGCUGGAAAAUGAGAAAGGAGCUUUUCCCGACCCUUCCAGACGAUGCCAUCAUUCUUGGAAAUUUCAAUCAGCUCUACAAGAUUGAACCGACAACGUUCCGUACAUGGCUUCGCAUUCUCUCAGACAUUCCAAAGGCUGUUCUAUGGCUUUUGCGGUUUCCCGAACUUGGCGAGCAAAAUCUUAAAGAUUGUGCUGUCCAGUGGGCAAAUGAGGAAAUCGCGUCGCGAAUUAUCUUUACGGAUGUUGCACCUAAACAAGCGCACAUUGCGCGGGCACAGGUGGUUGAUUUGUUUUUGGACACCCCCGAAUGCAAUGCGCACACGACAGCAGCAGAUAUACUAUGGAGCGGCACACCGAUGCUCACAUUUCCGCGAUACAAAUACAAAAUGUGCUCUCGCAUGGCAUCAAGUAUCUUGAGUAGUGCUUUGCCAGACACGGAAGCUGGUCGACAAGCUCGCAACGAGCUUGUGGCUAUCUCCGAUGAGGACUACCGCGCAAAAGCGAGUCGUCUUUGUCGCGACUUGCGAUAUCAUCCUGCUGGGGUUGAAACGACGGGCGGCCACUCAAGAGUCGGCCACUGCACAGGCCGUCUAGUCGAAUUACGUCGAAUGUUGUUUACGCACCGGUGGCAAAGCAGAUUAUUUGACACGAGGCGUUGGGUUAGCGAUUUGGAAAAUGCAUAUGAAAAGGUUUGGGGUGCUUGGGUCAAGGGCGAAGAGGGUGAUAUUUGGUUGUAA